AUGCCUGCUGGGAGAGGAGGGGCUGGAGCCGGGUCAGAGCUCGGCCCCGGGUCAGGACUCGUGACCCCUGGUCGGGCUCCUGGCCCCGGGCUGUGGAGGACGGUGGCAUGGAGCGUUGUGGUGCUGCUGGUCGCCGGUGGAGGAGGAGGAGGAGGAGGAGGAUGUGCGGAGGCGUGCCCGGCUCUGUGCAGCUGCCUGGGGAACACGGUGGACUGCCACGGCCUGGGGAUCCACUCCGUGCCCAAGAACAUCCCCCGAGGGACCGAGAGGCUGGAUCUGAAUGGAAACAACCUGACAGUCAUCACCAAGACGGACUUCUCUGGCCUCAAACACCUCCGAGUCCUACAUCUGAUGGAGAACCAGAUCAGUAACGUUGAGAGGGGAGCGUUCGACGAGCUGAGGGAGCUGGAAAGACUACGUCUCAACAAGAAUCAUCUCAGUCAGUUUCCAGAGCUGCUGUUCCAGAAGAAUGAAGCUCUGUCUCGACUGGACCUGAGUGAAAAUGGCAUCCAGGCCGUCCCGAGGAGAGCGUUCCGAGGAGCCACGGACCUGAAGAACCUCCAGUUGGAUAAAAACCACAUCAGCUGCAUCGAGGAGGGAGCGUUCCGAGCUCUGCGAUCUCUGGAGGUUCUCACGUUGAACAACAACAACAUCAGCACCAUCCCAGUCUCCAGUUUCAACCACAUGCCCAAGCUCCGCACCUUUCGUCUCCACUCCAACUCCCUGCGGUGCGACUGCCACCUGGCCUGGUUGUCUCCGUGGCUGCGGCAGCGGCCGGCGUUGGGCCUCUACACCCAGUGCAGCGCCCCCCCCACGCUGAGGGGCCUCAACCUCGCCGAGCUGCGCAAGAGCGACUUCGCCUGCUCGGGCCACGGAGGCAGCGCCUUCGUUCAGCCGUGCAGCCUGGCGUCCGGCUCCUGUCCUCCCAUGUGCUCCUGCAGCAACAACAUCGUGGACUGUCGGGGGCGGGGCCUCACCGCAAUCCCCGCCCACCUCCCGGAGGCCAUGACGGAGAUUCGUCUGGAGCAGAACGGCAUCAAGUCAGUCCCCCCCGGCGCCUUCACCUCCUACAAGAAACUCAGACGGAUAGACCUGAGUAACAACCAGAUUUCUGAAAUCGCUCCAGACGCUUUCCACGGCCUCCGAGCGCUCAACUCCCUGGUUCUGUACGGCAACAAGAUCACGGAGCUGCCGGGCGGAGUGUUCGACGCUCUGGCUUCACUGGAGCUGUUGUUACUCAACGCUAAUAAGAUCCACUGCAUCAGAGCCGCUGUGUUUAAAGAUCUGGAGAAUCUGGCUCUGCUGUCGCUGUACGACAACAAGAUCCAGAGUCUGGCUAAAGGGACCUUCAGCUCCCUGCACAGCAUCCAGACCCUCCACCUGGCUCAGAACCCCUUUGUGUGCGACUGUAACGUGAAGUGGUUGGCCGACUUCCUGCGUUCGAACCCCAUCGAGACCAGCGGCGCCCGCUGUGCCAGCCCUCGCCGCCUCGCCAACAAACGCAUCGCACAGAUCAAGAGCAACAAGUUCCGAUGCUCCGGCACUGAGGACAGACGUCAGAGCUACGAGUGUAACAGUAAGCCGGUGUGUCCCGCUAAGUGUCGCUGUGAAGCCAACGUGGUCGACUGCUCCAACCUCCGUCUCACCAAGUUCCCCGAGCACCUGCCCUCGUCCACCGAAGAGCUGCGCCUCAACAACAACGACCUCUCGGUGCUGGAGGCCACCGGCGCCUUCAAGGGCCUGACGCAGCUCAAGAAAAUCAACUUGAGCAACAACAAGAUCUCCGACAUUGAGGACGGAGCGUUUGACGGUGCGUCCUCGGCGGUGGAGCUUCACCUCACGGCCAAUCACCUGGAGUCUGUGAGAGGAAGCAUGUUCCGAGGGAUGGAGGGACUCCGCAUGCUGAUGCUGAGGAACAACAAGAUCAGCUGUAUCCAUAACGGCAGCUUCACAGGUCUCACCAACGUGCGGCUUCUCUCGCUCUACGACAACCAGCUGAGCACCAUCCUGCCCGGGGCCUUCGACACGCUGCCCAACCUGUCCACGCUGAACCUGCUGGCCAAUCCUUUCACCUGCGACUGCCGCCUGUCCUGGUUCGGGGCGUGGCUCCGGAGCAGGCGAAUCGUGACGGGGAAUCCUCGCUGCCAGGGUCCCGCCUUCCUCCGGGAGAUCCCCCUGCAGGACGUAGCUGUGCCCGACUUCCGCUGUGAUGAUGGGUCGGUGCUGGACGACAGCAGCUGUGUUUCGGGGCCUCAGUGUCCGACCCAGUGCACCUGCAUGGACACGGUGGUCCGCUGCAGCAACAAGCACCUUCAGGGUCUCCCCAGGGGGCUGCCGCGCAACGUCACCGAGCUGUAUCUGGAUGGAAACCAGUUCACCAGUGUUCCCAAAGACCUGGCCACCUUCAAGUACCUGCAGCUCGUAGAUCUGAGCAACAAUAAAAUCAGUUCCCUGUCGGACGACUCCUUCUCCAACAUGAGCCAGCUCACCACGCUGAUCCUCAGCUACAACUCGCUCCGCUGCAUCCCUCCUCUGUCGCUGAGCGGCCUGCGCUCCCUGAGGCUGCUCUCUCUCCAUGGCAACGACAUCUCGGAGCUGCAGCAGGGCAUCUUCAGCGACGUGGCCUCCCUGUCUCACCUAGCGAUCGGAGCCAACCCUCUGUACUGUGACUGCCGGCUGCUCUGGCUCUCUGAUUGGGUGAAGAGCGGCUACAAGGAGCCGGGGAUCGCCCGCUGCGCCGGCCCCCGGGACAUGUCGGGCAAGCUGCUGCUCACCACGCCCGCCGACAAGUUCCAGUGUCUCGGUCCCGUGGAGGCGUCUGUUCAGGCCAAGUGCAGCCCGUGUGUGUCGUCCCCCUGCCAGAACCAGGGCGUCUGCCAAGUGCAACACACACAACCGUACACCUGCACCUGCAAGGCUGGAUUCACGGGUGAACACUGUGAGACCCCGGUGGAUGCUUGUGUCAGUAACCCCUGCACCAACGGAGGAACCUGCCUGAGCGAUGAGCAGACCAGAGGCUUCAGCUGCGCGUGUGCGUUCGGUUUCCACGCCACGUUCUGCGAGGUGAACGUGGACGACUGUCAGGACCACGGAUGCGAGAACGGCGCCACCUGUGUGGACGGAGUCGGGAACUACACCUGCUUUUGUUCUCCUAACUACACAGGUCGGUUUUGUGAGGAAGAGGAGGGGGCGUGUUCUCCGGGUAGAAACCCCUGUCAGCAUCAGUCCACCUGCGUCAGCUCCCCCACAGGCUCCAGGUGUGUGUGUAUCCCCGGCUGGGUGGGGCCGGACUGCAGUAUAGAUUAUAACGAGUGUGUGGAUCAUGGCUGUCAGAACGGAGCUCAGUGCGUGGACCAUCUGGACGGGUACAGCUGCGUCUGUCCUCAGGGAUUCAGUGGACAGUCCUGUGAGGUGGCCCCUGCCCCCCCGUCCCCGUGCCAGCUGGCUCAGUGUCAGAACGGCGCCCCCUGCCUGGAGGGGACGGGCACGGCGGAGUGUCAGUGCCCCCCCGGCUUCGAGGGGCAGAGCUGCGAGAAGCUGGUCAGCGUCAACUUCGUGGACAGAGACUCGUACGUGGAGCUGCAGGACGUCAAGAACUGGCCCCAGGCCAACAUCUCCCUGCAGGUGUCGACAGCAGAGGACAACGGCAUCCUGCUCUACAACGGAGACAAUGAACCAAUCGCUGUUGAGCUUCAUCAGGGUCACGUCAGGGUCACGUACGAUCCCGGGAACCAGCCUGCGACCACUAUUUACAGCACUGAGACGGUGAACGACGGGCGUUUCCACACGGUGGAGCUGGUGACCUUUAACCGGAUGGUGAACUUGUCCGUGGACGGAGGCGAGCCGACCACUCUGGACAGUCAGGGGCGGAGCCAGCUGGUGCCGGGGGAGGCUCCUCUGUAUGUGGGAGGUUUGCCGGAGGAGGCGCUGCCGGCGUCCCCGGGUCUGUCCUCUCCGACCCUCAACACGUCCAGCUUCCACGGCUGCAUCCGGAACCUGUACAUCAACCACGAGCUGCAGGACUUCACCCGCAGCCACAUGAAGCCCGGCGUGGUCCCGGGCUGCCAGGCCUGCCGCAAACUCCCCUGCCUCCACGGCCUGUGCCGAGCGGACGCCGCCCAGGGUCCUCAGUGUCACUGUCAGAGCGGCUGGACGGGACAGCACUGUGACCAGCCGAUAGGAGGAGCCCUGACCGGACUGGAGGUGGUCGCCACGGCAACCGGUGUCAACCCGUGUGAAGGCAACAAGUGCGUGAGCGGCGUGUGCGUGCAGCUGGACGCGCAGACGUACCGCUGCGACUGCCAGGAGGGACACCACGGCGCGCUGUGCAGCCUGCAGGGGGCGCCGGCGGCGGCGGCGUCCUGCCAGGGUCUGACCUGUCUGCACGGACAGUGUCAGGAGACGGAGGGGGGGGCGCGCUGCGUCUGCCAGGAGGGAUUCACCGGAGAGAGCUGCGCCACAGAGUCUCCGUGCCGCGGCGAGCCGGUGAGGGAUUACCACCGGCUGCAGCGCGGCGCCGUCCUCUGCCAGACGUCCAAAACCUUCUCCUGGGUGGAGUGUCGGGGUCGCUGCCAGGCGGGUUCCGGGCCGGGGGCGGGGCCGGGAGCCAGCGGCGCCCCCUGCUGUGCUCCUCUGAGAGUGCGGCGCCGGCGGCUCGCCUUCGAGUGCGACGACGGGACCUCGUUCACACAGGACGUGGAGAAGCCGGUGGAGUGUGGCUGCAAGGAGUGUGUGUAG